GAUAAAGGUACACGUACACAGCAGCAUUGAACUCUUGAUAUACCAGCAGUGACGCAUGAACAGGAGAGUAACUGAUGUGAAACGGAAUCAAACCAGUACAGAGGACACACAGUGUUGGACCAUGGCCUGCAAAGAUGUCUACAAGAGAAAGACAAAAAUUGCAGUGGAGCCUUUGUACCAUUCUGGACAACUUUUGGUAAAAAAUGGUAAUAAUGGGAAAUAUAAGUCUUUUUUCGGAGAGCUCCGUGGUACUACACUGUUCCUGUACAAACACAAGAAUCAGGAAAAUUACACAGAGAAGCUGAACCUGGAGAAGCUGAAGUCCAAGGAUCUGCCGUGUCCCUACAUGUCAGUGGCACCGACUCUCUUCACUUUCAUUUUUAACUCAACAGUGGUGCAGUUGCAGAUGGACAAUCCUACUGAAGGAGAGCUGUGGAGGGGUUACCUUCUGACCAUGACAGAGAAAAGGAUUUCUAGAAAACUUAUGCUGUCCCAGUCAGUGUUUAUGAUGCUAGAGGAAGCCCUGGAACAGGAAAAUAUAAGAUCUUGUCCCAUCUCUGCCACGGGGGUCCCACAACAACCACCAAGACCACCCUACCAAUCAAAUGAUUAUGAGUAUCACCACCUCCACAUGCCUCGGUGUUUUCUUAAUGUCACACGGAGGGAAGCUGAGAAGAUGCUCGAGGUCUGCCCUGAAAAUGGUAACCUUAUCCUCCGUCCAUCAGAGAGCCAAAAAGAGAACUACGCUGUCACCAUGAGACUGUCAAAACUACGUGAACCUGUCAUAAAGCACUUCGCAGUGACCCCCAAAGAAACUGGCUAUGUCAUUGAGCUGGAUCCACCUAAGAAAGUGGCCUGCAUACGUGAUGUCGUUGACUACUUCUGCCGGGAAACACAAUAUGAGGCCGAACCUUACGGAACUCCGGUUUAUAGCAAGUCGAUCAAACCUAAGACUUCAACCACAGCACCUAAGACUUCACCUAAACCAAAAAUAGCUUCGAUGCAGCAGCAGGAGCCACAGUUCCAUAGAUUCAAUCCAAUCAGAUGUGUGGACCUGUCAACUGAUGAUGAGAAAAAGCUGCGCUCAGUGAACGAUGAACUUGCGGACGUUUUAAGAGCACGGAAUAAAAACAUCACAGAUUAAAACAGAUAUGGAUCCUUCCUGUGAAGAACCGAUCAACAAUCACAGGAAAAUCUGGAAUAUUUUGAUUUGAGAUUUUUGCACCUACUGACACUGAAGAAUGGGUUUGGUCUGAUUUGCAGUUUUGACAAAAAUUCUUUCACAAGUAUACUCCAAAAUACUCGAAUGCUUCAACAACCAGUUCAUGUUUUUUGUACAUUUCUUCUUAAUGAUUUCAUGACAAAAGAAUUUAACAAUUAUCUAUGUUGACUGUAAUUCUUUAUUUUCCCACACAUAGAAAUUAGCCAACGUGAACAUUUUAUAAUCAUAGUUCCAUAUGUUACUCCAUUGAGAUGGUACUUUUAUUUUAUUUUUUUCAUCAACAUCACAGAUCAUGUCAUUGUAGAUUUAAAAUGUAAAGUUCAUUCAUCACUCAGUAAAGACAGCAAGACUGUGAAAAAGAGUCAAUAAAAUAAAGCAAAAACAAAAAAAAACUCCCUUUUGUCCCUUUUUACCACUUCACUCCCUCACACCGUAGCAGCCUUUAUAUAUGAAAGACAAAAAAUACCCAUAAUAACUUAAUGUCAAGAUUAAAAAAAAAAA